AUGGAGAUGGAGCAUCUGGAUCAUUUGCGAACGGUCUUGUGGAUCUUAAUGGAAAACCAAUUCAUUGCAAAUAAGAAGAAAUGCUCAUUUGGACAAACAGAGAUAGAGUACCUGGGUCACAUAAUCUCAGAAAAGGGGGUAGUGGCAGAUGAAUCAAAGUUGUCGGGUAUGCGAGAUUGGCCACGUCCCCAGUCAUUAAAAGAGUUGCAGGGAUUCUUGGGGUUAACGGGAUAUUACUGGCAAUUUGUGGAAGUUUAUGGAAAGAUAGCUUGGCCUCUAACCCAACAGUUGAAGAAAGAUAGCUUCCG